UUGGUUUCCUUGACAACCCGCUUAUCGGGAAUGGAACAUUUCUGGUGCAAAUCAAGAUCUUACAUUUCUUGUCAUCCCACAAGUAUACACGGAGUUAAGCGCAUAAUAAACACAACACUCAACCCACCAGCAGCCAAUAUAUCAUUCCGACUUCAAUACAGCACAUACCACAAUUCCCUAGAAUAUCCACGACAACAUCACAAUGAGUACAAUGUUUGAGCCUUCGCUCUCUACGAGUAUGUCCAGCAGCAUGAUGCGUCCACCUUUGUCUUCGGCGGAUGCCCCGUCAAUGGCAGACACUCUUCCAAGUAUAAACUUUGGUUUCGAUGAAUUGCGCGAUAGAAUGGCAAAAUUUACGGUCAAAUUUGAUGCAUUUAUAGAGCAAGGAAGAAAGCGCGUUUUAGAAGAAAGAAACCAAUUCCGAAUGAAUGUAACUGAAUUACAUGGUUUGUAUUCAAUUCAUUUACAGUAAUGCGCAUUCAACUAAUACAUAGCAGAGGAUCAACGUAUGAAAAAGAGAGAUAUUGAAGUCUUGUCAUCGAAAGCCAGUACCCAUCAACAGACCCUCGCAAAGGAAGACGCAGAAACUGCCGAAAUGCAAGUAGCAAUUGCAUCAUUGACUGCUCAAAGAGACGCACAACUUGCAACGAGAGAAGCCUUAAAGAGUCAGAUCGCCGAGACACAAAAAGCUAUAAAUGCAAGAGUCGCCGCGCAGAAAUCUCACGCUCAGUAUAUCGACAAACAAGCUCGAUUCAAUGUACCUGAACUCGACUUCUGGAUUUCGAAUUUGGGUCUCAUGAUUGAGGGAGCAGGACAAAACGACCGACUGAAGUUUAUUUUUACGAAUAUUGAUGAUAAUGACUAUGAUAGAGAGGCUUGGUUCGAACUUGAUACAUCGAAGCGGGAUUAUGACAUUCCAUAUUGCAAGCCGAAAUUAGAGAAGGAGCAUAUUGAAAGAGUGGUGGAUAAGUUGAAUGAAACUCGAGAUCUGCGUGUGUUGUUAAAGGGUAUGAGAGAACUCUUUGUCGAAGCUGUUAAAAAUUGAGGUUACGAGGUAUAAAGUUUGGAAAGGAUGUCAUAAAUUAUUGAUUAUGGAGAAUAUGCUAAUGAUAAUGAAUUCGGGCCAUGAAUGCUGUUUAUUUACUUUUUUGUGGCAUAUUGAUUGUUUACGAAAUGACCUUUCUA